CUCCUUCUCCAUCUCCUCGACUGUCACUCUCCGCCUGCAACUUACUCCAAACUAAAGCGACACCUCGGCCAGGUUUUCACAGACACCGGCGAGGACGGCUCCAGCCGAGGCAUCAGCUUCGGGAUCCUCGUGCAGGUGUGAGAGAGGCAAAGGGGACGGACCCCGCGACCGCCCGGGCGGGCGCAGACCUCGCACCUUCCGGCAAGCCCUUCCACAAGCGUCCCUACCAAACCAUCGCACAGCUGCUAUACAUCUGGCCUACCACUCUUAACGUUGGCGUCUCCCCUUUUCGCGUUGAGCUCGUUUACUCUGCGCGUACGACCUGGCCGCAGAGGUCACCGACAAUGGCGUUCGAAUCUCUCUCCAGGUCGGACCGACCCCAACUCAGUCUGAACCUUCCUCGCUCAUGCGCUCUCGUCUCUUCAGCCAAGGUCGUGACGCGCGUGCAACCAUCUGCAAGGCUUUUCGAUCUCCCAGAUGAGAUUUUGAGGCAGAUCCACUUGUACUCCGGCAGCGCGGCCUUCGGCGUCGUCGACAAGCAAAUGCGGAUUUCCUUUGACGACAUCAACUACAAGGCUCGUUGGGCCCUGUACACUCGGUGUACAGCCAAGGAACAGAUUUGUAGCGCCAAGAAGGGAGCCGCAGUCCUCGACCAGAUCCUCUCCCUGCGCCUCUGCAACCAAGACGUUCUCGAGCGCGUGCUAGAGCUCUGGGAGCGGCGCCUUCGUGACUACGAGCGCGCAGAACGAGAGGAGCAGCUGAGGCAAUGGGAGCGUAGCAAGGAGCAUCAGUUGUGGGACGGACUUGAGCCCGGCGACACGCCACCUCCACCCUCUCCUCCACGCCCGACUCCGCGUCCUAACAAGAUUCCCCGCCGCCUCCUUCGCACGCCGGAAGGCGCACGGCCACGACUUCACCCUUUUGUCCGGUAUCUGGUUGAGCGAUUCGAUAUCCCUCCGGAUGCGGAUAGCUCAUAUCCUCUCAUGCGGGGCGCAGCGGAUGCCAACUACGAGCUGGUCCGCUUCCUGCUCGAGCGCGGUGCCAAGGUCACAAUGAGCGAGCACAUUGCGUUCCGGGCAGCCAUCCACAACAAGGAUCUCAAGAUGAUGAAGCUGCUUGUUGAGGUGGAUGACCAGCAGCCCACUGAACACGGCGGGAGCGGCGCGAGAAACAUCCCUCUGCUCAAGUCGGACAGGUUGCAGUGCCCUCGAGAGUGGGUCGACCUGGCGCUCAAGAGCGAAGCGUAUGACAUUGCACACUGGCUCGUCGACGAGAAAGGUCUCACGCCGUCGCUGGACCGCAUCAUGAGUCUCGAGGUGGCGGGCAGCGACGCUACGCCGCUUGGUCGACUCGCGGCUCAAACUGCUUCGAGAGCGGGGACGAAAAGGAAGAGAAAACAGGAGCGUCGUGGUGCUUCCUCCAGAUCCUAACGGGGUGAGAAAUCGUGCUUUGUCUGCUCCGUGCUCAAAUUCUCAAUAAUCGCUCGCUUCGCUGCUCAGGACACUGCCAGCCGAGCCGAGGCAUUCCUUCCGCCCUGCGCACCCUUGGAUGGCUCAACUGUAGAGUCUCUUCCUCUCCUCCUCCCACGUCGCUUCGCCUGUUAACUCUGUAGCCCUACCGAACCAUGUAUCUGUUAG